AACCUAGGUUGUUGGCGCUGAUCAUCCAAAAGGCCUGGCGUUGGGGCCUGGGGGCUGCCAGGGCAGAGCCAAAAUAUGCUGGAUGCACACCUCAGCUCAAAUUCCGCAAACGAUGACGGUAUCUGCUGCUUUUCUCGGGGUUUUCUUUUGCAUCUCUAAGGUGGCGGGUUUUACUAUAGUACCGCGUAACAAAGUGGAAAACAUCUCCUACCUACGUAUGUACCGGGCACACAACGAAAUAACUUUACUGACGAUACUCAAUUCGCGAGAACCAUACUAUCUUUAUCCAGUCAGGGCAGGUCCCGGUUGUGCCGAGUUACGAUUCAUCUUGAGUGGAAGGUGCAGGUGCCUAGAGGUAAGGUAGCUAUGCUUGUAAUACGUAACACGGGCUGACAAAACGUUAUGGUGACCGAAGGCACUCC